UACAAACAGUUUGUAUAGGUGUUCUGUGCUACAAAUGCCUACAACACGCGCUAAGAAAUCUCCUCCGUAGUGCUUCAAAGAGCAAAAGCCCCCACAUUUUUCUCUCUAGCCCCGCUCUUACUCGCGCCUGCGCACAAACGACUGGCAAUCCCUCCAAUGAACGUCUGGUUAGUCGGGCCCACCGUUUCGGUGCAGCGUUGUGCGUGCAUUCUCUGUGGUUGAAUUCGUAAAAACUGGUACGAUAACGUCGUGGAAAGCCUCGAAGCGUGCGAACGCUGAAGUACGUCAGAAGUGUUUUCGAAUUGAAAAAGUUCAACGCUGUUGAAAGAACAUGAAAGGUAUAUGCAACGUCUUUUUAUCCGAGAUGCGCUCAUAGCGACAAGAUACGAGCUUUCAUUCACUUGGAAGCGCGGAAGAACUUGAGCUGGGCAUAGGAGCAAAUGAUUUGAAAACAUCGCUGGCAAGCUGAAAUCCUUAAAAAUGCCCAUAUCUGAUGAAGCUUCGAUGCCAGUUGUGUCAUACCGUCAAAAAUAUCGUAACCUAAAGCGCAAGUUAAAGUUCCUUCUCUACGAGAACGAAUGUUUCCAGGAGGAGCUGCGAAAGGCGCAAAGAAAGCUGCUGAAAGUAACACGCGACAAAAGCUUUCUCCUCGACCAGAUUCUUCAAUAUGAGUCAAUCGAUUCAUCAUCGAGUGACUCGGAUGCGACUGUGUCUAGUGACAGCGACUCCGAGCUUCGUGUUGAACCGCCACCACCGCCUCCCGCAAUCAAGAAAAAGAAGCCGUCGGUGACCCCUGUUGAAAGCAGCAACGUCCACCAUAUUCCUGUGGCUAGCGUGUCAGCAGUAACAGUGCCCAGUGCUACUCCCUCUUGUUCUAUACCUAUAAAAACCGAAAUAACGCCGGGGCCGCUACCGGCCACUAACACUUCCGCUGCUUUGGGUGUUCUGCCUACGCUAGCAGCGAAGUCGGCUGUUUUGAUGCCCCCCGGUGCGUCUCUCAAUCCGACGGCUGAUAAAAAAAAGAAAGUAGCCAGGGCCUCCAAGCCUCCGCCAGCAACAGUGCCUACACCACCGCAGCCGACGUCGAAACCGAUUUUGGUCUCUGGUGUUCCGAAAAGGAUAUUAGAGGCAGCCGAUGCACUUUGUGUGAGUCGUCUGGACGGCCACAUGACUUCGGAGGAGGUGGAGAGGCACCUGGAAGCAAGGCAGGCACUGCGCGAUCUACUUCCUGAGAAGGCUCCGCUCACAGUGCCUGCUGAGCUCUUCAGCAAUGAACCACCGGCAGACCUACUGGACGGCGGGCCGCCCUUGCUGGCGCCUGGCACCUCUGUCAUGGCCUCCACUGAUGCUGAGGGGGAUGAGGACGAACUCAUCACUGGAAUAGCAUAGUGAUUACAUGUAUCUCAAGUUGUUAGAAAAGCCAUAUGUUUGACACACUGACACUGGAGCUAUGUAGUGUUACGUAAGAUCCUAACUCUUAGUUCGAAUUAUGCUGCAGUCAACUUUGUACAAAUGGUCUUUGCCCAGUCAGUGCUGUUGUCUUGACAUGUGGCAUCCUUUGAGGUCUUUGCUGGUGUCUCUUAACGGCCUGACAUGUUUGAGCAGAUUUAGCUGCCCACCUGUGUGAAGUAAAACAUUUUCUGUGCUUAAAAGGUUGAUUUAUAUAAUAUUACUAUGUUUACCUUGUGUUUAGAAGUGUUAAGCUAGCUCUGUGUUUCAAGGCCAAUUUACUGAGUUAACGACCAGAAACAACCCUAAGACUAAGCCAGUGACAACCCAAAAAUUUAAGAAAGGCUCUUUUUAAAAGUAUGCUGUGCAAAUUCUCUCUGCUUCUAUGUUCCAAAAGUUAGGUUUUAUGUUCCAAUAGACGUCCACCCAUGAAAUUCAGUUUGUAGCAUAAACGUGCAUAAACUGUAAUGCAAGGAACAUUGAAAAUGAAUUAGAAAAAGGAUUAUCCUGGCUUUACAUUCAAAGAGCUAUUUUAUGCUCCCAUGAGUCUGAAUAACAAGGUGCAUGCUACAGUUGAGAACAUGCGCUACUAAAUCCCAAGUUAAUCUAUCUGUCUAAUGGGUAUCGUGUAUACCUCAUGAAAAACAAUUCCAUUUCCUUAGGUUGAGAGGUUCAUGCCACUGCAACAGCUGAGCAAGACAAAUACCCGAACUUUGGUCUCGUAAAAGAAAGGGAGAACAAAGUUUAGUUGACUUGCGAAUGUAUGCAUGUGUCCUUUGAAGUGAAUUUGCCAUAACUUUUUGGGUUGGUACUGACUGUAGUAUUCUGGGCUACACAUAACAGCAACCAUGCAAAACACCCUUUUUUGGCAGAAGCAGUCUACAUCUGUUGCCGCCAGUUCUUUGCAUAGACCAUGUCGUUUUAUGAAGCAAGUGCACCAGCCUCAUUUCGCCUGAUCUUAAGCUUGCAGAGGAGCAUGUGCUGUAUUGGCGUAGUAAAAUAGCAGCUGAUGGCGGGGGGGAGGGGGGUUGAAGAAAACUGGGACAGUUCGCUACUGCUUAUGGCACAGAAUGUAGUAUAUGGCCUGCAGAGAAGUUACACUGCAGGGCAAGCAGCGAAUUAUAGGAAAGUCACAAAAUUAAACUGCCAUAAGCAGCUUCAGUAACAGAUAGCUCAUGUAUUAUUGUAUAGUAAAACUGUAGGAAAUUAUUGCAACAAAAGAACUGAUGUGUAUCAGAAAGGAAAGCACACUGUUGGCACAUGCACCAGUUGCAUAAUCUGAUGGCAUUUAUUUGAAUGAUUGAGCUGGUCUCACUUGCUGCAUGGAUAUGCAAGAAAAUGUGUGAGCUGAAUCUGUGACCAGUGACUGCUGUAAAAGACUCGACAAGUUGGGUUUGUAGUUUUAGAGGCCUAUCUUUACUGCAUUAACAUGUUGCUAACAUUAGCAUGGUUCUCCAGCAGCUCUACUGUCUGCAAGGGCAUCAACAUUUUUAGUGGGGCAUGAGAACAUGUUUUCCAGUAAUUUGCAGUGUUACAAGGCUACCUACAGCAGAUUGUUUGCAGACAGUGUGGGCCAACUUGUAUCCUAGUGUAAUAGAGUCCUAACUCAUGCCCUUUGUGACCUGCACAUUUAGCCAAGUAAGGGAAAGGCAUUGUGUUGCCUUGUUGAUGAUAUGUAAUAUGUUGAAUGUAGUAUGGUAUGUAUAAUCAAACUUUUUCUAGUUACUUUUGCCACAUGUAACACAAUAGAUUGUACACAAGUUUGAGGCAUGCCGGAUACUCUGUUUUUUUACAUAAGAAAGUGCAUUUGGUUUAUGUAGAAGUUCAAGAGGGGGGUAUGUGUGCACAGUGGCAUGUGCUCACUGGCAGCCUCUGGAGAAGAAAAUUUGUACGAUGUAAUGGCCAUGGAUUUUCUUGGCACUUUAUCAAUGGCCCGUUCAGACUGGUUAGCAGUGUGUGAUGAAUGUUUGGUUACUGUUGCUAUUGCAUUUUGAAGGAGUUUACAGUAAAGCGGCCAGUUACACCGCUGAGUUUUAUAGCAAGGAAUGCUUUAAUUUUUAUGUAUGAUACUGGAAUAUUUUAACAGGAGUGCGAUGUUGUAAACAGUAAGAGCAGUCACACUUCUGGUGUUGAUAUACCCUGUAAACGUAGGUUGACAGGAACUUGAAAUGCUAGUGUCUGUUUUAGUCUUUUGUUUGCAUAUUUGUGUUUGUUUUAUAUAACUUGAAACAGUGCAUUGUCAGAUAGCGUAUGGCAGAUUUUUUUUGCAUGAAGUAAUUUUAUCAUGCAUCUGCACAUCAUUCUUAAAGAGGUCCUGCAAUACUUUUUAUGGAAGGCGUGGAAUGUGUUUGGUGUUUAGGGGCAUCACCUCACAAAUCCUUUUCAACAAAAAGUUUUUGAAUGCACCUUGUAUCAACAGAGUAAUUGGCAACCAAAUGCUGCCACUGCCACACCUUUGCUGCCUUUCCCUCCUUUUUUUUGUUCCUACUACACUGGAAGCUGCAUGCUGUGUCCAUGUGGGAGAAUGUCCACCAUUAUCUGCCCAUCAUUUCACCUAGCUUUUGUGUCUGCAUGGUUCGGAGAUUGUGUGGUGCAAGCUCCUGCUGCACUUCACAUAUGAAAGGCCAUAGUAUCAAUGUAGUGGUAUUGUUCUCCACCACCAUGCUAGAUUUCUCCACUCAUGCUUUUGAAACAAUGCUUAAUCAUAACAUUAAAGAAACCUGCCCAAUAGCCACCAUGUUUAAUCUUGUGCAAAAGUAAAAAAAUUUACACGGGUUUUAAAAGUUUCACUUACUCAAGUAAAAUUAUUGGCUCCCAGCUGCUUAUACACGAAUAUUAUUUGGCUCAAAUGUUUGGACUCUUUUCACUAGCAAUGUCAAAAUUUGCCAUGCUCAAAAAGUAUUGAAGGGCUCCUUUAAGCUUGCAUUGUGAACAGUGAUAGCACCCAUGCAUUGAGUUUCUCCACAGGCCAUGCAUUGUUUGAAACAUCAAUGGAUUGCAGGUGUGUUGCUGUUAAAAAAGCCCUACAUCACUCUCUGCCACUAUUUGAGCCCUGUACUCUUGAUUUUGAGACAUGCUCAAGUGAGUUGUUUUGUGUCACUGCCCGACAUUCAUUCUCACAUGCAGGGCAGUGACAUUAUCAUCUAGCAGUCUCAUGCUGCUGAAGUGUUUGCGGGGCUAACUGCCAUGCUUAGAGAAUGUGUUUGCAGAAAAUACGCUCAGAAAUAAAAGGAAGUAACUGGAUAUAAUUGGUCCCAGUGUAUGAGAAAGACAUAAGUACUACUACUGUGCAGUUCUCUCUCGCCUCCAUAUCUUACAAGUUUCAGCUGAAAUGCUUAAUAUUUUCGAAGGAGGUUAUAAAAUAAACUGGAGCAGAGACGAUAUGCUGAAAGCGGAACUCUGGACACCAUCAAACUAGUAGCUUCCAAUGUCUUGCAAGAGUCAUGCAUUGCGCUUAAAUAUUUGCAGCCCAGACUACAUGAUCCUUUCUUGAAAUGUUGCAUCACAUGUUUUCUGUGACUAGUCGGCAUAGAGAGAUAUUUGAUUGUUCAGCACUGCAUCUGCUUGCAGCCAAAUUUGGGUUUUAACUGCCAAGAGCAUGUUCUCAUUAUUGCAAUAGCAAUUAUAUGGGCACUUGACGCACAUUUGUGCUAUUGGAGCCGCUGUGAUAUUCCGCUAUUGACAGCACAUGUGUGUGCUGAGGGUUGGAGGUCACAUGAUCUGCUGUUAGAGUGAGGGUGUGAGUUAUGGCAAGAGGGCCGGCACCUUGUUUGAUAUGCAUGAUAGAAGGUAUUCAAAAACAUGAGCGAUACACAGUCUGUUUGGUUGGAAAAUUGGUGAAGCCAAGUGGACACACCAUCUAUUGCUUUCGUUGGGCACUGACAAACUGCAAUGGUUUUCUGCCAGUCUCAUCUCAAGCACAUCGCCAGCAGCCUGUAACAUUGCUGGCAGCACUUUUCAUCAAACCAGCUUUGAGAGAUGCAUGGUAGCUGUCGGGGAACUGUUUACACUGCACAGCAGCAGUUGCCCCGCAUGCUGCAUCGUUCCAGGAGCUCAAGCACAAUUCUAAACCUUGCUGUUACUGUCAAUGCUUAACGCCUCCUUGGGCGAAACUGCCAUUUUUGGGGUGUGCAAAUAUUUGAUACUUUCAAAUAAUGCAUAGAACAUUGUUCUAUUAUUCGAUGCAGUCCUCGAAUGAAAUAUCGCUAUUUUAAAAUCUGAAUAUUUUUCGAAUAGUUUUAGAAUAUGUCACAUUGUUGACUGCAGACUAUCAAACAUGAAAUUAUAACAAAAAUGUGAUAACUUCCAUGCCAUCCACAGUGUACAUAACAUGCUGCAACACACUGCAUCGCUGGGGUAGCUAGACUUUUCUGCUUAAACCACAAUCGCUCUCAAGAAAAUUUUGUUUAGACAUGACAUUUCUAUAGUGGGGAUUAUUUUAUUAUUUGGUACUAUUUAUAGAUGCAGCACCUGUGUACGUGCAUCAUAUUAAAUCUGACUUUGUUUCAUUGCAACAUACUUUUACAAUAGUGGCAUCAUCUGCUGCGACCAUUUGAUCUAAAGGAAGAGUGCUUUUUUUUUUUUUCACACUGCUAUCGUCACACAUGACAUACGUUUCUGGUUUGGUUGUGAAAAUAUAUGCAGGUUAUUUGACCUAUAAGGCUGCCUUUCUAAACUUUAUAUGAUAAUGCAUGACCACGUAUGCUCUGAAUAGCCCCGUGUUUGCGAAGAAACUGCUUAGUUGUUCCUAAUGCUCCCUUUGUGCUUUUAAUAAAGCAUGCUUUAUAAUUUGCAGUUUAAGGACAAAGUUUCAGAUGUUACAAGUAUACCAGGCUGUGAAAAUUGUUUGACAUUAAUAGCAAGAGGGUUGUACAUUUAUUUGCAAACUAUUGGAAAAAAAUGUUUAAUUUGAUCCAAUUCACUUCUAGCACUAUUUGCCUCUCAUUCGGUUUGGUCUACUACUAUUUGCAUUAUAUGAACUACUAUUUGCACACCCCUGGCCAUUUUUUAAGUAGUUGUAGUUUGUAUGGUUUUUCUCAAUCUUGAUGUGUUUGUUUGUUCAAGGUCAUGCCAUAAAGCUAGCUAGCUACCUUAAGCAAACUCCAUACUUGCAUUGGGUGCAUGUGUGAAGGUAGUCUAUAUGUUUUUUUUCAACACUCGUAGCAGUUGUAACACACUGAGAGUUAUGAUAAAAACUUGCAGUGCAAACAUAUUUCUGUUAACCUAAUACCACCAUUCCUGCAAAGCUGGGUUCUAUCUUUGAUGUAAGAAAUAUUGCAUAAGUAAAAGUGAUCCCAAAGAGGUGGUGGGGGACUCCAAGGUAAUGGGAACCAAGAAUAAUUUUAAUGAAAGUGCACAUAUGUGGUCCACCUUGAAAACUGCAUUUAAGGACAUGGUAAUUACAUGACAUACAUUGUUCAAAGCAUGUUUGGAAAAUAGACAAAAGGCAGCCAAAGGAGAACCUUGGUGUUCCCAUUAAUAGUGAGAGCUGUUUCUUCGGUUGCCUUCAAACCACACAAAUUAUUACCAAGGAACAAGAGUGACAAGUAGCAAGGAGCCUAAAAGCAAGUUGUUGCUAAACCCAAGCGGUGGAACAGAUACUGAUGUUAAUGAUGGUACUGAGGUUUUGCUUCACCGGCCCCUUAUAAUUUAACUGUACAAUAUAUUCUGCGCCAGCAAAAGCAUAUGGGCUGCGUGCAGAUUCAUGUUAGUGCUGCACGAGUCUGUCAACAAGUGUAACGGAUGAAAUCUCACUUUCUAGGUAUCUGAGGUGUCUGCUGCUCCAGUUCUUUUUCGUAACCUCCUUAGGCCUUGCUUAUCUACCAUAACAGUGCGAUACACUGUGAUGCAAGCAUGAUUUGGUGAAAGUGUCUGUGAGCUGUAUGUAUGUGUUUUAGCAAGGGUUCACAUACAAUCGACAAGUAACUUGGUUGUGCAGGCUGUACGUGUCGUGUGCACAAAAGCUGCAGGUGAAUUUUCUUUGCAGUAGAAUCUGAAUGAGUGGGCAAUUUUUCUGUCCCUCAGUACAUGUACAUAAGUUCAUGUAUAACUAAAAAAAAAUCCACCUCAAAUGGCUGCUGCCUCCUCUCUGUUCCACGUGACACCUGUGUAUAGAUAAAAGUACCACUGUUUUUCUUUUUUGUAUUGUUUUCUUUUUCUUUCUCCUUUUUUCUCUGUUGCUGACUUUCGAAGCCCCUUUGUCUAUGUAUUCACCUGCACUGUCAUGUUCUGCAUCUGUGUGAAAAUUGUAUAGUCGUGUAGCAUUGUAUUUACGUUUGCAUAUCUAACUGGUGCUGAUGCAGUAGCAAUGCAUGUUGCCCUAAAGAGGUCCUGUAACAUUAUUUUGACUGCCAAUUAUUGUAUUUUCACAAGCGUUUCUUCCUUACAUGAUGCCAAGUUAAAUGCAAGAAUGAGAAACUCACACCCACAAACAGAAAUAAUUCAAUUUAGAACAAUAAAAAUAAGCAAAUGCCUCAA